AACUUUGACAAUAAAAGCACUAGCCAUCGUUCUUUCCCAAACGCCAAAACGUAACCGAGUCACAGAGACUUAAUGCGUAAUGUUUUUUUUGCAAUAAGAUAUUUCGGGUUCCCCGUUUCAUUCGGGGGCUGAGGAAAGGUCUGGUGCAUCCCGAGUUUCUGACAUUUUGCAUUUUUGUGUGCGUGCGCCAGCAGAAAAUCCUUCUAUCCCGGAAGAAUGGUGAAACUGGGGAAUAAUUUCAGCGAGAAGAGCACAAAGCAGCCUCUUUUGGAGGAUGGAUUUGACACCAUCCCCCUGAUCACACCCCUGGAUGUCAAUCAGCUCCAAUUCCCACCUCCUGAUAAGGUUGUGGUCAAAACGAAAACAGAAUAUGAACCUGACCGCAAGAAGGGAAAAUUCCGUACUCCUAAAAUAGCUGAAUUCACAAUCAGCAUCACCGAAGGGGUUUCGGAAAGAUUUAAGGUAACUGUGCUGGUCCUUUUUGCCCUUGCAUUCCUAACGUGUGUUGUAUUUCUGGUAGUCUACAAGGUUUACAAGUAUGAUCAUACCUGUCCGGAAGGAUUUGUUUUCAAGAAUAAUCAAUGCAUUCCAGCUGGGUUGGAAAACUACUACUCUGAACAAGACUCCAGUGCUCGAGGGAAGUUUUACACAGUCAUAAACCACUACAAUCUGGCCAAACAAACCAUCACGCGCUCAGUGUCCCCGUGGAUGACAGUACUGUCAGAAGAGAAACUCUCUGAACAGGAGACUGAAGCUGCUGAGAAAUCAGCUUAGUAUGAUAAGCUAAUUGUUAACACUAUGUCAUUUGAAGGUAACUAAGGGACUUUAAGGAACUUUUCAUUAAGUAUAAUAAUGGAUAAUUUAGAGGUUACUCAUGUUUAUGGUGCAAUUGCUUCUGUUUGCUGAUACUGCUUUGCAAAAAAAAAAACUAACAAAAAACAAAAACUUGCUGCAGAACAUUCAUGAGCAUAAAAUAAGGUGCAUAUCAGCAUUGCUUUGGGAGCUUUGACACCAUUUUCAAUGUUAAAAAAAAAUCCAAUGUUAGGUAUGUUUUUGCAGUUUAUUGAAUACUGACAGAUUUCUUGGCCGGAUUUUCAGGGCUUGGACCUUAGAUAAAUCAUCUGUUCUGUUGUCUGAACUGAUUCUUUAUUUAUUUUUUGUAUUCUAUGUCAUUUUGCAAACUGAAACACCUCAGCCAUAACUAGAGUGAUCUCUUGUUUAGCUGAAAGCUGUAUUUAAUUUUGAGUUUUGGCUCAAACAAGAAUGAUAGUCAGCACUGAUGUCAAGGGCGUGAUGUAAUGACUUGUGUGGAGAAAGAAACUGUCAGGUAGUGUUUUUCUUACACUUUCUUUACUGUUGUUUAUUUGUAAGUGAUAAUGAAGUUCUCUGCAACAAGGCAUGCUCAAUGUUUUAUUAUUGCUGUCAACAGGAUUUAACUGCAUUUCCACCAUGGCUUUAGCAUCUUGGUAAAGAUGUGCACUGAAACACAAACUAGAUAGACAUUGUGGAAAAACACAGACAGUUUUAGUGAUGGAUGUUGAGGAUAGUGUAAAAAAUACACAGUUCAGGAUGUCCUAAUGAGAAACGACAUCUUUUGAUCAUACUUCAGAGGCAGAAAGCCUGUUCACAGUAGAUGUAGUCCACUAUGUCAUUUGUUGGAUACGACAGAGGGAGUAAUACGUCUAAAUUUUCCUCUUCUAUUACCCUAACAUUUUCUCUUUUUAUUAAUGAGAAAGAGCUUUCAGUUUAUGUAUGGUUUGAAGUUUAAUACUUUUUGAAACAGAGCGCAUCACAAGUGAAUCAGUAGCGCGUUAGAUAACACAACUGGCUGUUUUAAAGCUACACGUGAAACCGACUGAAGAGUAGAACUGUUGAUGUAUGGCAUGGGAGGGCAAAAGAUGUAGAAGAACAUAGUAUUGUGGAUGCACGUUAAAGUUCCAUUGUAAUUACAAACAUCUGUUCUUUGUGU